UAAUCUAAAGUCUCAUACGUCAGUAAUAAAGCACAGUACGAGGUGUUGUGUAGCUGCAGAUUAGUGUCCAGUGUAGAUGCUGAAGGAGCUGUGAGAGCUGAGAGCUGCUGUGAGAGAUCUUCAUCAUGCUGAAGAAGGUGCUGCUGUUUGCUCUGGCUGGAGCGGCUAUAUUCACUGUAGGGAUCCUGAUUGGCCAUUUUGGGAUCGAUCAGAAGAAUGUGACUCCGUUACCGGAGUGGGUGCAGAAGGUGAGUCAGGAUGUGGACGAGAACCUCAUCGAGAACUUCCUCGCUCAGGUGGACACCUUGCAGAUUCAGGAGAAUCUCCAGGUCCUGACCCGUGUCCCCCACAUGGCCACCACAGCUGGGGACGAGGCCACAGUGGACUACAUGCUGAAGCGCUGGCAGGACAGAGACUCAGGGCUGGAUGCUGCAUGGAGGGAGGAUUACAGAGUUUAUCUUUCCUUCCCAGACAAAGACCAGCCCAAUAACGUGACAGUGGUGAGAGGUUCUGAGGUGGUGGACUUCAUAAGGGAGAAGGAGAAGAUGUACGAUCCGGAUCAAGACACCCGGGACGUUGUGCAGCCGUAUGCGGCGUUUGGACCUGCAGGACAUGUCCAGGGAAAGCUGGUGUAUGCCAACCAGGGGAAAGUGAGUGACUAUGAGCAUUUAAACAAAACCCUGGGCAACUUAACCGGAACAAUCGCCAUCGUCAGAUACGGAGGAUCAGGAAGAGCUGAUAAAGGUAUAAACGCCGCCCCUUUCGGAGUCAUCGGUGUUCUUGUCUACACAGACCCCUAUGACAUCAACGACGGGAAGAUGUCUGAUGUAAACGAAACCUACCCCCACUCGUGGUACCUCCCACCCUCUGGGGUCGAGCGAGGAAGUUAUAACACCAACUUUGGAGAUCAGCUGACACCAUACCUGGCUGCCAAAAAUGGCACUUACAGAAUCGAUGAGAAGGACAUCCCUGGGGUCUCUCCCAUUCCCCUCCAGCCAAUAGGGUUUGAAGAUGCUAUGAAGUUAAUAUGUGAGCUUGAUGGACCUGAGGCUCCUGAGAACUGGCAGGGCUCGUUUCCCUGCAAAUACAACUUUGGUGGACCUGGAUUCAAAAACACAUCUCAUUUAAAAGACUGUGAUGUGAAGCUGGAUGUGUUCAACAAGGCGGAAUUAAGAGACUCUGCGAAUGUGAUGGGGGUGAUCUGGGGCAGUGUAGAGCCAGACAGGUAUGUAAUCUAUGGCAACCACAGAGACAGCUGGGUACACGGAGCCGUAGACCCCAGCAGUGGGACAGCUGUCAUGUUGGAGAUCACCAGAAUCCUGGGUCAGCUGGUCAAGACAGGAAAAUGGCGGCCUCGGAGGACUCUGAUCUUCGGUAGCUGGGGAGCCGAGGAAUUCGGUCUGAUCGGAUCUGCUGAAUACGCUGAGGAGUAUAUAAGCAAGCUGAGCCAGAGAACUGUGGCCUACAUCAACGUGGACAUCUCCGUGUUCGCUAACGCAACCCUCAGAGCCUCGGCUAGCCCCAUAGCGCAGGACGUCAUCUUUACUGCCUCCAAACAGGUGAAGAUACCUGGAUCAGACUCCAUAUCCGUCUACAGUAACUGGAAACUUCAUUCGAACCGGACGAGUCCCACACAUGGAGUCAUCCCCAAUAUGGGAUACCUGACAGGAGCAGGAAGUGACUACGCUGCAUUCAUGCAUUAUCUGGGAAUUUCCUCCAUGGACAUCGCCUACACCUACGACCGGAGCAAAACCAGAGCACGUAUCUACCCUGCAUACCACACGGCCUACGACACGUUUGAUUACGUGUCCAAGUACAUCGACCCAGGCUUCACCAGCCACCAGGCCGUAGCGAGGACGGCAGGAAACGUCCUGUUGCGACUAGCCGACAGCAUUUUGCUACCGUUUAAAUGUAGCGACUACGCCGAGACGCUGGAGCAGUAUCUCAAAGAAGCCGUGGAGGGCUUCGAAGCUGAUCUGAAAGCGAACAAGAUCUCCAUGGAACCCUUAAAGGAAGCAGUGAAGUCAUUCCGGGAUGCAGCCACCAGUCUGGAGCAGACCAUCAGCAGUUCAGACGUCGUGAACAACUCGCCACUGAAAGCUCGCAGGAUUAACGAUCAGCUCAUGCUCUUGGACCGAGCUUUCCUGAACCCACUCGCCUUCCCUGAUAAAUACGGAUUCAGGCACGUGAUCUGGACGUCCCGGUCCUCCAGCGUGGCAACGUUUCCAGGUCUGGCGGAUGCAGCGGCUGCAGCAAAGAAAAGUGGCCUGAAGCAGGACUGGGACGAAGCACACAAACACCUGUCCAUCAUCACACAGGCUAUCUCAGGAGCAGCACACACUCUCAAUGAAGCUCAUGCCACCCUGUAACACAUAGCUCCAUCCCAGCUGCACACAAAGAUGUAUAGAAAUUUUCUUCAAAGAUGUAUAGAAAUCUUUUAAAUACAGUUGUAAUAAAUAGCUGGAAUAAAAUCAACUCAAAUCUU